CUUAUUUCUCUAUUAUUGUUUCACUGGCAACACCUUGAUCUUAUGUCUAAAGUCAAAUUGCCAACCUAAACAGUUUCUUACUCUAAACAUUUCCACACCAAACUGUCUCUAUAAGACCCAACAACUCCUUAAGACAUUCUCAAACAACAACAACAGCAUAAUCAAAAGAUGGGACUUCUUCACUGUCCUUUAUGUUGCUUCACACAAAACCAACAUCAUAAACAAACAUAUUCCCACUCUCAUGAUCACCUUCAUUCAGAACCAUCAUCAACCUCUUCUUCCCUUUCUUCACAACCAAGUCUUCCUUCUGUUCCUUCUCUCACCUCACAACCCUCCAACUCUUCUUCACUUUCUUCACAACCAAGUCUUCCUUCUGUUCCUUCUCUCACCUCACAACUCUCUCAACAAUCUCAUCACAAACUUCUAACAACCAUCAGUGGUCACUCUUCCCCCAUCUUCUCCCUCACUCUCAACUCCAAGUUUCUCUACAGCGGCUCUUCCAAUAGUGAAAUAAGAAGAUGCUCCAAUGACCCUUUUGCCCUUCAAACCUCAAACACUACAAACAAUUUAGUUUCAAUCAGUAACAGAUCAAAAUCAACCAUCAAGUCCAUGGUUAUUCUCAAUGAUAUGUUAUUCAGUGCUCACCAAGAUCACAAAAUCAGAGUUUGGAAAAUCGAAGGUGAUAGUAAUACUAAACAAGAUCAGAAACAGUUCAAAUGCAUUGCAACACUUCCGACAUUCAACGACCGUUUUUCGAAGCUUUUAUUGUCGAAAAACUACGUGGAAGCCCGAAGACACAAGAAGUUUACAUGGGUGAAUCAUAUUGACGCAGUUUCUUGUCUAGCUCUUUCGAAAGACGGGUUUUUUCUCUACUCCGCUUCGUGGGAUAGAACAUUCAAAAUCUGGAGAGUUUCUGAUUACAAGUGCUUAGAAUCAGUCAAAAACGCGCAUGAAGAUGCUAUCAACGCAAUCGUUGUUUCUUCAGACGGGGUAGUUUACACAGGCUCAGCUGAUAAAAAGAUCAAAAUUUGGAAGAAAAACGAAAAGAAAAAGCAUUUUUUGGUUGGAACAUUGGAGAAACAUAGAUCAUCUGUGAAUGCGUUGGCUCUGAAUAAAGACGGGUCAAUUUUGUACUCAGGUGCUUGUGAUAGAUCAAUUUUGGUUUGGGAAAAACGCGGUUGUUCGGAUUCGGGUAAUGAAACAAUGGUGUUAGUUGGGGCGCUUAGAGGGCAUAGUAAGGCGAUAUUGUGUUUGGUUGUGGUGGAUGAGUUGGUGUGUAGUGGAUCGGCUGAUAAUAGUGUUAGGAUAUGGAGAAGAGGGGUUGGUGAGAAGAAUUAUGCGUGUUUGGGUGUGUUGCAGGGUCAUAGGAAACCUGUCAAGUGUUUGGCUAUGGAGGUUGAUUCGAAAAGUGGUGAAAAUGGCGAUGGGGAUUGUAGUUCUUAUCUUGUUUACAGUGGUAGUCUUGAUUGUGACAUUAAAGUUUGGCAAAUAAAAAUUCCCUUGUUUUGAUUUUGCUUAUUACUUUUUUUUUGUUGCUUUUGUAAAGAGUUUUUAUGUAGAAUGAGAUUUUGUUUCUUCUUUUUCUAUUAACAGCUGAGAAUUUUUUUGUUA